AUGACGACGGCAGCGGUAUUCGGCUGCACGGGAGCAGUCGGCUCUCAGAUCCUGGCUACGCUCCUCGUGACAGACACAUUUUCAGCGGUCAAGACUAUCUCCAGGAGACUCCCAAAUGCACAGUCAGCUAAGCUAGAAGCACUGGAGGAAAGCGACACCUCAAAAUGGGGUAGCAUGAUUUCAUCUCUGUCACCCAAUCCAUCGAUGGUUUUUAAUGCGGUCGGUACCACAACGGCGACAGCGGGCAGCAUCAAGAAUCAGUGGAAGAUCGAUCAUGAUUUAUGUGUUGAGAAUGCGCAGGCUGCUAAGGAGGCGGGGGGUGAAGACAUGAAGGUUGGCGUUGAGGAUGCCAUCAAAGACCUUGGUUUUGAUAAUGCUGUCAUCCUCAGACCCGGGAUGAUUAUUGGGAGGGAGGAAUCCAAGUCUUUUUUGUUAGAAAAGUUUGUGGAAGGGCUUCAGAGACUGGGACAGGGUGUUCAGGAUAAAGUUGGUCAAAAUCAAACGACCAUUGGUAGGGCGGCUGUAGCAGCUGCUCGUAUGGCUGAACAAGGCAAAGCUCCAUCGAAUUAUUGGGUUCUGGAGCAGGCUGAUAUUGUUAGGCUUGGUAGAGAUGGGUGGAAGGAGUAA